AUGGCGGCUACUCUUGCGCGGCUGCUGCCUCUUCUCCUCCUGCUGCUCCCGCCUCCCCUCCGGGAGUACCUCUCGGCGAGCGAGAUCCAGCAUGGGGCAAAGGACGACGCUGCCACCGGGGUGCUCCACCCCAUAGUCAUGGUACCUGGGGUGAUCUGCCCUCACGUGGAGGCGCGGCUAACCGAGGCGUACCAUCCGUCGGUGCCGCGCUGCGGCGCGAUGAUAGGGAAGCCGUGGUUCGGGCUCUGGGAGAACGCCACGGACGUUCCGGCCCACGACUACCUCGAGUGCUUCAAGGAGCAGAUGAGCCUCGUCUACGACCCGGCUGCCAACGAGUACCGGAACCCGCCUGGUGUGGACACGCGCAUCCCCAACUUCGGCUCGGCGAGUGGAUUCAGCGACAAGAGGCCUCUUCACACGGCGUUGUGCCUGGCGGUCCUCAGAGAAUCACUGGAAAGCAUCGGCUACCACGACGGCGACACGCUCUUCGGGGCUCCUUACGACCUGCGCCAUGCGCCGCCGUUGCCUGGCCAGUCAUCCGAGGCGUUCUACUUCGAGCAGGUGACGCGGCUGGUGGAGGACGCGAGCAGCAGCAACGGAGGGAAGAAGGCCAUCCUGUUCGGGCACAGCUACGGCGGGCUGGCGGCGCUGGAGUUCGUGCGGAGCAAGCCCCUGGCGUGGCGUAGCAAGUACGUCAAGCACCUCAUCCUCAUCGCGCCCACCAUCCCGGCCCACGGGUUCGUGGACGCGCUAAGGAACCUCAUCCAGGGCACAGACAAGCUCUACGUCCCCGGAACCACCCCGCUGUCCCUGAGGGCAACGUGGCGGACCUUCGAGACUGCCAUGGUGAACAUUCCGUCCCGGUCGGUGUUCGGGCACGACCCGCUCGUGACCACCAAGCAGAGGAACUACUCCGCGUACGACAUGGAGGACCUCCUGGCCGCCAUCGGCUUCGGCGACGGCGUGGAGCCGUACAGGAGGCGGCAGCUCCCCAGGACUCGCGGCGAUUUCCAGGCACCACUGGUUCCCGUGACGUGCCUCUACGGGGUUGGCAAAAGCACGCCGCGGCGCCUGGUUUACUGGGACGGCGACUUCGAUGCGCCCGCGGAGUUGGUCUACGGCGACGGCGAUGGGACGGUCAAUUUGGCUAGCAUGUUGGCGUUCGAUGACAAGAUGCGCCAGCACCCGGUGCAGAGGAAGCAGUUCAAGUCCAUCAAGCUUGCUGGGGCUGGGCACAGUGACAUUGUCCAACUUCAAUGGGCGCUACAGAGGGUCGUGCAAGAAAUACAGGAAGCCAAUCGGGUUCCCUCCUAA